AUGCCUUUUAUUACAAACCCCGGGGCCGCCGUGCUCGGUGACUCGGACGGCAAUGCGCAAAAGCGAAAAGUCGCCGAUCUUGAAGAGAACUCCUCACAGGCCGAACCUAAGCGACCGAAGUUCCUGGGAGGAUUUGUGGAUGACGACGACGAGGAUGAAGAUGAUGAAGUCGCUGCGAUGCGUGACGAGCAGCUCAAGAGCCAAUUCGAACUACAAGAAAACCCCGAGCCAGCACCGACAGACCUCCCUGGUAUUCUGGAAGAACCGCAGAACCUCGCAUUUCCCACUUCACAAAAUGAUGAUACGCCCACGAUCUCAAGAAUACAAGCCGAAAUCGCAUCUCGCCCGGCUUCAACUCCGUUAAAUGGGGUCCCGAUCCAGAUCAAAACGUGCGGCGGUAAAACCCACCAUAUCCCUCUUCGCAAGGCCAGUGCUCCCGUUUCUUACGAGCGUAUGAUCGCCAGUCGCUCCGAGACCGACCCCGGCCGAGCAAAGAGGAGCUACUACGGUAUCGAAAUUCACAAAUUGCUGGACGAGGCUGCAAAGGAAACAAAAGCUGCCAAGGCAGCACCGCGGCCUCCAGUGCAAGAGUCGAUUGAAAGGACAGAAGGGGAUGCAAAGCAGAAAAAGAUAGAUUCCAUGAUGUGGACAGAAAAAUACCGUGCUCGCAAAUUCACCGAUCUGAUUGGCGACGAGCGAACACACCGUGCAGUGCUUCGCUGGUUGAAGGGCUGGGAGCCAAUUGUCUUCCCCGGCUUGGCCAAGUCUUCCCGAUCUAAGAAGGGUGGUCAAGAGGACGAGAAUGAGGAGCGCAUGCACCGCAAGGUCCUCUUGCUUAGUGGCCCCCCUGGUCUCGGUAAGACUACAUUAGCACAUGUAUGCGCCAAACAGGCGGGCUACGAGGUGCUCGAAAUCAAUGCCAGUGAUGAGCGCAGCAGAGAUGUGGUUAAGGGCCGCAUUCGUGAUGCGCUAGGAACCGAGAAUGUCAAAGGUGCCAACGUUGAGGUUGGUGAAAACAAGGUCCGUCGGGCUGCCAAGCCAGUAUGUAUCGUGGUUGAUGAAGUCGACGGCGUUGUUGGAGGAGCUGGCAGCGGCGGUGAAGGUGGCUUUAUGAAAGCCUUGAUUGAUUUGGUGAUGCUUGACCAGCGAAAUGCCCGAUAUACCGCUGAGAAUGGCGGCAAUGCCGGCAAGAAGCGCAAAGGCGAUACUUUCCGCUUCCUGCGGCCGUUGAUUCUGGUUUGCAACGACCUAUAUCAUCCCAGUCUUCGCCCUCUGCGGGCCUCUACAAUUGCGGAGAUGAUUCAUGUUCGACAAGCACCUUUGGAGAAUGUUGUUCAGCGUGUGAAGAACAUUUUCAGCCGAGAAGGUAUUCCAUGUGACGGUGAUGGAGCCCGAAGGCUAUGCGAAGCCGCUUGGGGAUUGGAAUCGCGAAGGAAACGCGGUUCUAAGAACAACGGAUCCGCCGAGGGUGAUAUUCGAAGCGUUCUUGUUGCUGCGGAGUGGGUGGCGCAUAAGCUUCGGAAUGAAAGCUCUUCAUCUCUGAGACUGACUCGAAAUUGGUUAGAGUCACGAGUGCUCAGUGCCUCUACCGAAGGCGGCUCCUUUUUCAAGGAGAUGAGUCGUGGAGGCGUCCGUGAGAUUGUGAAUCGGGUCUUCGCCGAAGGGGCCGGGUUCACUGAUGCUCCCACUGGCAUGUCCUUCCAGGACAAGUUCGACAACUCUAACAGCCGUGUUCCAGUGGGAGUAGCGGAUCUGCGUAAACGACACGCCAUCAAUCGGCUGCGGGAGAUGGUCGAUGCCAGUGGUGAGCAUGACCGAUGUGUCACCGACUGCUUUGCUGCAUACCCCAACCAGCAGUACCGAGAUGAUAAUUUCCUCUCGAAACCCACUGCCGCUUACGACUGGCUUCAUUUCCAUGACUCGAUCUCUUCGAGGGUACAUCAAUCCCAAGAGUGGGAAUUGGGUCCCUAUCUGAGCCAGUCCACACUCGCUUUCCAUCAUCUCUUCGCCUCCGCUGCCGGCAAGAUCGAGGCGAAUGAUCGCGACAAUGAGGAUGAAAAUGCCGAGGAGGAGCAUCCUUUCUCGGGGCCCAAGGCGGAUUUCCUUGUGUUUGAGGCACAGAAAGAGAACCGCUCUAUCCUGAACGGAUUCCACUCAUCUUUAUCAGCGCCUAUGAUUCGCUUGUUCCGGUCCACCGAUAGCGUCGUCACUGACCUCAUCCCUCAUUUGAUUCGAAUGCUGUCACCAGAUGUUAAGCCCGUUAUUGUACGUGGAGGCGGCGAGCAGAGGAGCACAGCCAGUGUCCGCAAGGAAAGCGAGCGUACACUCGUUCAGUCUGCCGUGCGGGUCAUGUCCGGUAUGGGUGUCACCUUUGAGAAAGUUCGAGUGGAGCACGAAGGCGGGAGCCAUGGCGGAUGGGCCUACAGAAUGGAGCCAUCCAUCGAUUCGCUCGUCGCAUUCUCCAAGAUGACGGGCGUCUCUUCAGCAUCUGCACCGGUCCGUUAUGCGGUUCGCCAAGUUCUGGACCAGGAGUAUCGCAAGGAGACUUUGCGCAAGCAAUCUGAUGCCAAGAAUGCUGCCAAUGGUAGAUCUUUUAACGGUCAAUCUGCCAAGGAACAGGGUGGUGCUGCUCGUAAAGUUAGCGGGUAUGCCGUUAAACGAGACUUCUUCGGACGGGUGAUUCAAGAGCCCGUUCGAGAGACCACGGAAACCGAGGAUGGCAAUCCAUCGGAUGAAACUUCCAAGGCGGGCCGGAAGGUGUGGGUUACUUACCAUGAAGGUUUCUCAAAUGCAGUUCGCAAGCCAAUCUCCAUGGGAGAGUUGUUGGCGGGUUUGUGA